AUGACUAUAGCAGACGAUGCUGUGGUUUCGAGUUCUGAUUUAGCUGAUGAAAGCAAUUUCCUAUCUCUUGCCAAGUAUGAAGAAAUUCAAAAUGGAACUCUAAAACCAAAUUUCCUCAUAGAUGUAAUUGGCAGAGUUCAUGAGCUUGGUGAUGUUCAGACCGUGCAAGUUGGAGGAGAAGACAAAAAAAGGGUUCAAUUUCGCUUGGUUGACACAGAAGGAAACAACAUUGCAUGUUGUCUUUGGGAAAAUUAUGCUGAGCAACUUGAACCUUUUACUGAGGACAAAGAUCAAACAAUUGUUUGUUUGAUCAGGUUUGCAAAAAUCAAAGACUUUAGAGGUGAGGUACAAAUCACAAACGCUUUUCAUGCAACACGCCUCUACUUGAAUCCGAUGAUCCCUGAACUUACAGAUUUAACAGAAAGGCUGUCAGAUGAUCAUCUAUCUGUUGCGCUGGUGGACAAACAAGAUGGAAAGAAGGAUGGUAAAAGAAUUAAAUAUGACUGGAAUGAUGCUGAGAUCAAAUCGAUUGCAGAAGUCAAUGAGGCCAAUCAGGUGGAGAUUUGCAAAAUAAUAUGUUCUAUUGAGGCAAUAGAUACAGAUUGGGCAUGGUUCUAUUUUGGUUGUAACCGGCACCAGAAACGUGUCAUUAAGCUCCCCAACGUUGAUUAUGGGAGGAUGACAAAGAAAGAUAAACCAUUGUUUCGCUGUGAAGUCUGCCGUUCCAAUAUCACUAACGUGUCACCCAAAUUCAAACUACAUUUGGUUGUGAAAGAUGACACAGGGACAUGUAACCUAAUGUUGCUAGGAUCUGUUUGUCAGUCAAUCGUUGGAGUUAAAGCUGAAGAGCUAUGGGAUGGCUCUUAUGAAGAGAUUGAAGAUCCAGAGAUACUACCAGAACAUAUUCUUAGUUUGGUUGGAAAGUCCUUCUGUUUUGGGCUUUCUAUAAGCUCUGAUAAUGUUACAAAUGGAGCGGACACGUUUGUGGUUUUAGAGGUUUGUUCUGGAGAUAAAGUUCUAAGUAUUGAAAAUGGCUCUUACUCAUUUUCUGGCAUGGCCACAACAUCUUCCACCAUGUCAUCUGGAUCUGUUCUGAUGUUGGAUCAGAAGUCAUCAGAAGAUUGUCCCACUCCCAUCACAAAGCGCAAAGUAGAUCAUUCUGAUCUAACAGACAUAUCAUCUUCUUCCAAGAAGCUGUGCACCAAAAUGAUCAAACAAGAGGAGGAAAAGAAGGAAUAG